ACUAAACUUUAUUUUGACCAACCUCAAGAAGAAAAACAAAAAUUUAAAAUAAAUGAACAUUAUUAUGGAUAUAUUGAUAUUCGUCAAGAAGUACUUGACCUUGAAACUCAAAAAAUUGGUGAUAAUAAAGAAUCAUUUAAUUUUAGUAAAUUUAAUGAUAAUGAUGAACCUUUGGCUCAGGAUUUACCUCCUUUAUUUAAUGAAAAGAAAUCCUUAUUUUCAUCUUUUUCUAAAAAAUGUCAUGGAUUAUGUUUGAAGAUAUUACAAGUUUUAGCAAUCGCUUUAGAAAUACCACAAAGUGAAGGUGAUAAGUAUUGGUUUGAAUCAAAACAUAGUUAUGAUUUAAAAUCUGGUGAUUGUUUACGAAUUAUUCAUUAUCCUCCAACGGUGAUUGAUAAUGAUCAAGAAGAUAUUCGAGCUGGAAG